AUGGACGGGGCGGCUCGGCGGGGGCCCCUGGCCGCCCUCCUGCUGCUGCUGCUGCUGCUGCUGGCGCCGGGGGCCGGCGGCUCGCCCCCCCCGCCCGGGCCCGCCGCCGCCGCCGCCGCCCCCCCGGCCAGCUGCGCGUCGUGCGGCUUCGGCCGUCCGGCCGAGGAGGGCGGCCCGCUGGGCGGCGAGUUCCUGCAGGCCGUCAAGAGGCACAUCCUGAGCCGCCUGCAGCUGCGCCAGCGGCCCAACAUCACCCACGCCGUGCCCAAGGCCGCCCUGCUCACGGCGCUGCGCAAGCUGCACGCCGGCAAGGUGCGCGACGACGGCCGCGUCGAGAUCCCCAGCCUGGACGGGCAGGCCAGCGCCGCGCCGCCCGCCCACCAGCAGGACGCCGAGAUCAUCAGCUUCGCCGAGACAGAUGACCUGGCCUCCUCUAGAGUGCGUCUCCACUUCUUCAUCUCCAACGAAGGGAAUCAGAACUUGUUUGUCGUUCAGGCCAGCCUGUGGCUUUACUUGAAGCUGCUUCCAUAUGUCUUGGAGAAAGGCAGCCGGCGAAAAGUUCGAGUCAAAGUGUAUUUCCAAGACCUGGACACUAGCUACAAGUGGAAUGUAGUUGAAAAGAAAGUGGAUCUCAGAAAAAGUGGUUGGCAUACAUUUCCCAUGACAGAAGCAAUCCAGCCUCUGUUUGAGAAAGGAGAAAGGAGACUGAACUUGGAUGUUCAGUGCGAAGGCUGCGAAGAGUUUUCAGUGCUGCCAGUUUAUGUGGAGCACGAGGAUGAAUCUCACCGGCCUUUUGUGGUGGUGCAAGCCCGGCUGGCUGACAACAAACACCGAAUCCGGAAAAGAGGCCUGGAAUGCGAUGGCAGGACCGAUUUAUGUUGCAGGCAACAGUUUUACAUUGACUUCAGACACAUUGGGUGGAAUGACUGGAUCAUAGCGCCGUUGGGUUACUAUGGGAAUUACUGUGAAGGGAACUGCCCAAACUAUUUGGCUGGCAUCCCAGGAUCAGCUUCCUCUUUUCACACCGCAGUAGUGAAUCAGUACCGCAUACGAAAGCUGAACCCAAACGCUGUGAACUCCUGCUGCAUCCCAACCAAACUUAGCUCAAUGUCCAUGCUGUACUUUGACGAUGAAUACAACAUCGUGAAGAGGGAUGUUCCUAAUAUGAUUGUGGAAGAAUGUGGUUGCGCCUGAUUUGGAGGGUGUUUUGAAAGGGGAGGGAAUGGGGGGAAGCGAGUACGUUCGUUCUCACAGUGAAUGGAAUUGGAGGGUGUUUUGCUGUGUUUCUUCCUUCCAGGCAUGGAUGUUCAAGUCACUGCAGAGGCAACAGCAGCAGCAAUAACAGCAAUAUUAUCAUUUCAUCUGUUGUCAGGACAGUGGCAGUUUGUGGCUCUCGGACAUGAAAAUGCGCUACCCUUAUAAACGAAUGGUAUGAAGUACCUUAAUCCCACCCACACCCCUAAGGACACAGGCACAUCCAUGCACACGCAAUUGCACAAAGCAGCUUGGUGGAGGAGAGAAGCCGGUCAUGGGAAGGUAGUCAUAUCUGCCAGUGAUAAAAAAGUGAAUGAGG